AUGGAUGGCACCACAAAUGAGAAGAAAAGAGGUUUCUCAGUGUCUCUGAAGAGCCUGAAGCACUCUGACUGUGAGGAGAAGCAGGAGCUCAUUGAGGGAGCCAAGGACUAUUCCAGGGAAACCCAGUGGUGCCUCCAGCUGAUCCUGGACCGUUGGAUCCCAGUGGGCUGUCUUUCCUUUACCAGCUCCUUCCUGGAAUAUUUUGCCACUGCUAUCAGCUACCCAGUGAGGAAAGAGGGAUACCAGAUGGAAUUCCCAAACACAGGGGAGAAAGGGCCUGGACAUGACGGACACCUCCCCACAGACACCCCUGAGGAAAUUCCUCCUGAGAGGACCAGAGCUGCCAGGGACAGGGACAGCAAGAAGCUGGUGGAGUUCCUAGUGAAGACCAAAGGGGCUGAAGAGCAUCUCCUGAGGAUCUUGAAAAGUGGGAAACUGAAACAAUCCUGCUGGCUGAAGAAAUUCCUGAAUUCCAGCUGGUACAUAACCUGUGUGGAGACUCACUUGGAGGAUGAGGAGCAGCUGGAUCUGGUGAUUGGGUACCUGAAGGGGGUGUACAGGGAUAUGGACACCAAGAACCUGCAGCAGAUCCUGGGGGAUGGAUGGCACCAGGCUCAUCUCAGUUGUGCUUUGUCACCUGAGGCCAUCACCUGUGCCAUUGCUGCUGUGGAUGGCAUUGAUUAUGAGAAGGCGAAGUUCAUUAAAGAACCACCUGUGAGCAAAAGAGAGAGAGUUAUUUAA